UGGUUUAGCGCAACUAGGUACUCAAGCGAUGGAAUCGUACGAGUUGCACGUAUAGCGCGUAACUGCGCGUGUUGUAUCGGUCACUCGCGGGCUUUUGAUUUAAAUGCUGGUUCAUUGUCUUUGCGAAGGUUUAUCAGUGCAAGUGAGACGCGAUGCUGCCCACUUCGGCCAGUUGUAUACGCAUCCAGCAAAGAUGGAUAUUCGCGGUGAUGGGUUUCUUGGGACUGUUCAACGCUUACGCGAUGCGCAUCUGUCUGUCGAUCGCAAUCACGGAGAUGACCGUGCCUGUGAACAUCACCGAGGAGCUGAUCGACGACACGUGCCCGGAUCUCGAGCAACCAUUAACGAGCAACGCCACUGUUGUUUUACCACCGCACAGAGGCACUUACGUUUGGAGCGAGUACACUCAAGUAAUGACGGCCCACUGGGUCCCACCGAGCGAAUUGGCCCUGAUAACAGCGGUGAUCUUCAUAGGCGUCGAUCUGGGCAUAAUCGGCGCGACAACGAUAUCCGGACUGAUUCUCCGUUACUCGGUCAUCGGCUGGCCCGGUGUCUUUUACUUCUUCGGUGGUGCUGGCAUCCUUUGGUUCGUACUCUGGGUACUUUUGUGCUACAACGACCCCGAGGAGCAUCCGUUCAUAUCGCGCAAGGAGGCCACCUACCUGCGGGAGUCGCUCAACGAGCACACCCACAAGAACAUGCCGCCAGUGCCGUGGGCCCACAUUUUCAAAUCCAAAUCCUUUUGGGCGCUACUGGCAGUGCAAAUUGGCCACGAUUGGGGCUUGUACACCCUGGUGACCGAUCUCCCCAAGUACAUGUCGAGCGUGCUCCGGUUUUCCGUCGAGUACAAUGGCUACUUGUCCUCGCUCCCGAAUCUCUGCUCCAUCCUGUACUGCCUGGUCAUAUCCUGGGUGACCGACAAGAUGAUCACCUCAAAGUGCCUUUCCAGGACCAACGCUCGGAAGAUCAACACCACGAUAUCGACCAUCGUGCCCGCGUUCCUCAUCAUCGGAGCCUCGUACGCCGGCUGCCACCGCACCACCGUCGUCGUGCUGUUCACCCUCGGGGUGAUGUUCAUGGGUAGCAGCUUGCCGGGGAUCAAGGUCAACUCGCUAGAUCUCAGUCCGAAUUACGCGGGCACGCUGAUGGCUCUGACCAAUGGGAUAGCCUCGUUGACGGGCAUGUUGACUCCUUACCUGGUUGGCGUGCUCACGCCCCGUCAGACCCUCAGCGAGUGGAGGCUGGUCUUUUGGAUCGUUUUUGCCGUUUUCUUCGUUACCAAUACGAUUUUCGUGAUGUUCGCGAGUGGAGACGUGCAGGACUGGAACGAUCCCGUUUUCCUCAAGGACCAAAGUGAUAAGAAAAACAACAAAACCUGAUGCCUGGGAAUGAAGUUUUUUUUUUUUUUUUUUUUUUUUUCAACAACUUUGUUACUGGUUUUUUUUUUCCUCCAGAAAAUUUGAGUCUACACUUGCUUUGGGUCGUUAGUUACGAGGCGCUGAGAACCACAUGUAUAUUUAUGAAAGCAAGAUUACAAUUGUUAUUACAAAUAGACCGCAUCGCUGCUGAAGAAAAGACGUUUGUAAAAAUGUUUUU